UUUUAAUUUAAAUAGCGGCGAUGAUCCUUCCUUUGUUUCUAGUAAUCAUUUUCUGUUUCUUUCCCCCCUCCCAUCUUAAAUCCAUCUUCGUCUAAUUGCAAUUGAAAUUCGAGAUUCGGGAAUCCAGAUUCAGUUUGUUUCGGUUAUUUUUUAUUGGAUCCGGUCGGUUCAGGGCUGGACGAGAACGCCGCCGCCGAAGGUGAUAUCGAAAUCAAUCGCGGUAUCAGUCAAGAUUCUGUUCGACUAACCGUUAAGUUUCGUGGAGUUGUAGUGUAAUUUAGAUUUCCGAUCAAUUCGGUGAUUUUCUUCGUGAAAACAAUAUGGUUGAAUCCUGUGCGGUUCAAUCCACUGACGAAGCGGUGGAGGAGAUAAUGAGAAUCCACAGAUCUCUGCCGCCGCGUCCUGCUCUCGACGAUGUUCAAGCUGCCAGGGAGCUCGUUCUGAAUGUGGAGAAGGAAGACCAAGCUAGGCUCGACGCCAUUGCUCGACAGACCAAGAGCCCUAAUGUCCCCGAGGAGCUCUUCCUUAUCCUCCUCGAGAUGCAAAAGAACUGCGUUUACUUUCAGAGCAAGGAGCAGAAGCGGGAGGCAUAUAAAUUGCUGGAUCUCGAGGCCGUCCAUGCUUUGUUCGAUGAAUUUAUCCAGAGAGCAUCCAAUUGCCUUUCCUCUUCUUCCUCCUCGAAAUCUCACGAUAUACCCACCUGCUCAAACGCCUUGCCCAGAACCACCGCUACCCCGCCGCCUUCCAACAACUCAUUUGCCGCCGCCACUUCGUCGUCCUUCACCGCCAGGGAGCCUGCAUCAGAACGAGUACUAUUCUCCAGAGAUGACAGUUACGUUAAGAAUUCAAAGUCAUCCUUCUAUGCUAACGCUACUGACGGCGGGUUGGGUAUUUCUAUUUCAUCUACACCUCACAUAUUGGAUUCCUCUCUUAAACCUGGGGGAGCCGCUGCUUCCGUUCAAGAUGGUGAGAAGUUGAGUUUGAUUAAGUUAGCAAGUAUAAUUGAAGUCUCUGCAAAGAAAGGCACUCGAGAUCUCAACCUCCAAGCUAAGUUGAUGGAUAAAAUUGACUGGCUUCCUGACUCAAUAGGAAAGUUGUCGAGUUUAUUUACACUCGAUUUGUCUGACAAUCGUAUUGCAGCUUUGCCUGACACCAUUGGCGGCCUUUCAUCAUUGAAGAGACUUGAUUUGCAUUCAAAUAAGAUUGCUCGACUCCCAGAUUCCAUUGGCGAUCUUCUCAGCUUGGUCUUUCUAGAUGUCAGUGCCAAUCAGUUGUCUUCUCUGCCCGCUACAUUUGGGAGAUUGGUACGCCUUGAGGAGCUUGAUUUGAGUUCCAAUCACCUUCCUUCGCUCCCGGACACAAUAGGCUCACUCAUUAGCCUAAAGAAACUGAAUGUGGAGACAAAUGACAUCGAAGAAAUUCCACAUACUAUUGGUCACUGCACUUCACUUAAAGAGCUAAGUGCCGAUUAUAACCGGCUCAAAGCCCUUCCUGAAGCAGUUGGGAAGAUAGAAACGUUGGAGGUUUUAUCCGUGCGCUAUAAUAACAUCAAACAAUUGCCUACAACGAUGGCAUCUUUGGCAAACUUGAAGGAACUAGAUGUCAGUUUCAACGAGCUCGAGUCUUUGCCGGAGAGUCUAUGUUUUGUCACCACACUCGUGAAGAUGAACAUAGGCAACAAUUUUGCCGAUCUCCGAUCCCUACCAAGGUCUAUUGGGAACCUUGAGAUGCUUGAGGAGCUGGACAUUAGCAAUAAUCAGAUCCGGGUGCUCCCAGAUUCUUUUAGGAUGCUAACACGCCUUCAAGUUCUACGUGUGGAAGAAAAUCCCCUGGAAGUGCCUCCUAGGCACAUUGCUGAACAGGGUGCACAGGCUAUUAUCCGGUAUAUGGCUGAUCUUGUAGAGAAAAGGGAUGUUAAAUUACCCCCGAUGAAGCAGAAGAAGAGUUGGGCUCAAAUAUGCUUCUUCUCCAAGUCUAACAAAAGGAAGCGCAAUGGAAUGGACUAUGUCAAAGCCUGAUUUACCGCACUUGUAUGUUUUGGUUUUUUAGCUGUUACUGAGUCAGAUGGAAUCAAUUAGGACGAUGCAAUCAGUCAUUGGCAUCGCCAAGUGGAUCAUAGAUCAUGGUUCUGACUUUUCUUCUUAAAAUCGUGGAUUUCUUUCCCUUUUUCCCUAAUCAAGUAUAAUUGUUCCCCCCCCCCCUUGAUUUUUCUCCCACUUGAUUUAUGUUUUCCUUUGCACUGAAUUGAGGUUGUACUAUUCAGAUCCAGGAAACAAGGGAGGAAGGAAGCGUUGUAAUCUGUAUUUCUUUUGUAAAAUUGAAGUUUGAGUACCAUUUUAACAA